AUGUUAGAAGUCAACGACCAACACUCAGACAGUAGCAGUGAUGUUGUGUCACAUCUCAUAGACUCGUCUCAGUCACAAGGACAGGUACCUGGAUGCUGGUCAGCCAGCACACCCUAUCAGGCGGUGGUUCAGACACAUCAACAUCAACAUUGUGGGUACCUUUGCCUCAAUUGGGGGACACUAGAUUCAUCCUCAUUCAUCCUCGGCCUGCCCGAUGUCGCUGCAGCAUCUGUAGGCCUCCUCAGUUCACCCAGCACCGCUGCCACACCUGUAGGCCUCCUAAGCCCACCCAGCACCACUGCUGCACCUGUAGGCCUCUGCAGCCCGCCCGACAUCGCUGCAGCACCUGAAGACCUCCUAGGCCCACCCUGGGCCACUGCUGCACCUGUUGGCCUCCUCAGCCCGCCUGACAUUGCUGCCGCACCUGCAGGCCUCCUCAGCCCUCCCAACAUUGUUGCCACACCUGUAGGCCUCCUCAUCCAUUCCGACAUCGCUGCUUCACCUGUAGGCCUCCUCAGCCCUCCCGAUGUCACUGUCGCACCUGUAGGCCUCCUCAGCCCUCCCAACAUUGCUGCCACACCUGCAGGCCUCCUCAUCCCUUCCAACGUCACUGCUGCACCUGUAGGCCUCCUCAGCCCUCCCGAUGUCGCUGCCGCACCUCGGCCUCCUCGGCCCACCCGGUGCCGCUACAUUGGACCUGCUCGGCCACCUGAAGUCACUGCCAUACCUGUGGGCCUCCUCAGCCCGCUCAACGUCGCUGCCCCACCCGUAGGGCUGCUCUGCCUGGCUGAUGUCACCUCUGCACCUGUAGGCCUCCUUGGCACAUCCGACAUUGCUGCUGCACCUUUAGGGCUGCUCAGGCCACCCAACGCCACUGCCUGGGGGCCUGCUCGGCUCACCUAA